GAUUCUGAUGAAGAUAAUGAGGAUAAUUUAUUUGGGGACGAUGAUUGGGAAAUUUCAUUUGAUGAAGUAGACGAUCAUAUUUCCGAAUUCCAGGAAGAUGAAUUUGUGCGCGAGGCAUUUGCAAAGGGCAUGGAUUUGAGAGAAUAUGCACGAAAUAUAGAAAAAGAAUUGAGUGGAAUUGAACGGGAACAUGAAAUAGAUUAUAUUAAUCAGGCUAAAAAUUUCAUAGAACUUCAUAAUCAAAUCCAGUCGUGCGACCAAACUCUGGCAACGAUGGAAAAUAUGCUGAGUGUUUUUCAAAUGGAUUUGGGAAAUAUUAGUACAGAAAUCCAAACAUUACAAGAUAAAUCAUUUUCAAUGAACAUAAAACUCAAAAAUCGGACGGCUGUGGAAAAAAAAUUAAGCUCUGUUCUGGAAGGAACUGUAGUAUCACCGUCCAUGAUCAAGGUAAUUACAGAGGAUGAAGUUGACGAAGCAUGGCUAGCAUAUUUAAUGGAACUUAAUAAAAAAAUGACCUACGUGAAAAAUGGUCAAACCAAUAGCAUUAAGGCGAUUAGAGAUAUCGGUCCAGAAAUGGAGAAAUUGCGUUUAAAGGCAACAGAGAAAAUUCGUGACUUUCUUUUAAAUAAAAUAAGGUCACUCCGUAUACCAAACACAAAUGUUCAAAUUUUACAACAAUCCGUUUUGCUGAAAUAUAAAGCGCUUUAUCAAUUCGUGAUAGAACGAUAUAGUGAUGUUGCAUUUGAGAUAAUGCAUAAUUAUAUAAAUACUAUGAGGUGGUACUUUUUUAAUCAUUUUGAACGAUACAAUCGAACUUUGCAAAAGCUUCAAAAUCCAAUUGGAGAUAAAUUUACAUUGAUUGGAUAUGAUGAAAAUACCAGAAAAGGUGGCUUAUUUGGAUCUGGCAAAAUCGCUUUACAAGACAAAACAAAUAUGUUUGCAUUAGGUGAUAGAAUUGAUACGCUUCGUAAUCAGGAUGCCGGUGUAAUCUUAGUUCAUGUUGCUGAGAAUAAGAAUCAGAAAUAUCCAUAUGAAGCAUUAUUUAGGAGCUUUAAUUUGACAUUUAUCGAUAAUGCUAGUUCGGAAUAUCUUUUUAUUGUGGAAUUCUUUGCCAAAGAUGCCAAACCAAACGUUGAUUGGGCAAAGGAUAUCUUUGCUGAAAUUUUUGAUACAACCAUUAAAAUGGGUUUAAAUUCCACCAAACAAUACGUUGAAACUACUUACGAUGCCAUUGGCAUACUUCUUUGUAUUCGGCUCAAUACACAAUUUGCGUUAGAAUUGCAACGAAGACGUGUUCCUGCUCUUGAAGGAUAUACCAAUCAAACGAAUAUGUUAUUAUGGCCGAGAUUUCAAGCCAUUAUGGAUACGCAGAUUGAAAGUGUAAAAAAGGCUACAAAUAAAUUAGUUGUUAAGGAUGUUCAUCCACAUCAUAUAACACGUCGUUAUGGAGAGUUUUCAGCAUCUUUAUUAAUACUUAACGAAGAUUAUAAUGAUUCAAUUUUAUCGAAUAACCUAUUGAGAUUAAGAAAUGAAGUGGAACAAUUUCUUGAAAAAACAGCAGAGACUUUUGAUGAACCUAAAAAUAGUUUGAUAUUCCUUAUUAAUAAUUAUGAUUUGAUAAUUACAAUUUUGGGAGAAACUGGAGGGAAAGCGAUUGAGGCUGAGGUCAAUCAUUUCAAAGAGCUUUUGAAUAGUAAAAUAUCAGGAUUUGUGGAAAAAGAAUUACAACCUUAUUUUAGCAGUUUAAUUUCUUUCAAUAAGCAAGUAGAUCAAGGAAAAGAUAUUACUACCAUUGACUCAGAUGUCUUUGAACAAAUUUCUUCAGAUUUUGCAGCGACUUGGCGUCAAUCCAUAACUUCUAUUAACACAUCAGUGAUUCAACAUUUUACGAAUUUUAAGAAUGGUACAUCUAUCUUACACGCAGUUUUAGGACAAUUAAUAAUUUAUUAUACAAGAUUUUGUAAUAUUCUUGAAGAAAGAAUGAAUGAUGGCAGUGUAAGGAUCAAGCACCAACCUGUUGGAGUACAGAGUGUUAUG